CGUGUGGAGAUAAACACUUUAUAUAUAUGAGCGGCGUAAUGAGUGAUUUGUCGAUGUAUGAUCAAGCGACACCUAACGCAUCGCGGACUUCUGACCACAAAAUCAUUCAACAAUCAACAAAGGGGACCCCCGUCCCGACCAGCCAUCCAAAACGAUUCAAUAAGUCUACUAGCUGCCAUUUUGUUCUAUCGUACACGUUUACUUUCGUCUGUAACAAUAUUGUUGAUUGAAGUUAAUCGGGGACCUAUAGAUUUUAGCCACUGACUACAGAGAGACAAUAGUGGCGUGGUGCGGUGUUUGAAAUUGCUCCAACGUUCGCCCUGUUGGCGGUUCGUGUUUUGGUUGUCUGUGGGAUGUUUUCAUAACGCUAAGUAAUGGACAUGACCACAGAGGUCAGAAGAGAGAGAAACCCAUGGCUCAGCACAUGUGAUUGAGCUGAAAUGUUAUCAAAGUAGAUCUUACAAAAUUUAGAUGAUGUCCGGCGAUGACCUUAACCUUACUUGCCACACUUGGGUCAAGGACUAUCUCCCUAGAGACAGGAACAUCACUCUUGAGUUAGCCAAUCAGAUAUUAGUGGCGCGCUUGAUUGGCGGGGUCAUAUUUCUGGCAAUUCUAAUUGUGAUUGGCUUGGUUGGAAAUGCCCAUGUGAUCUACGUGUACACCCGAAAAUUCAAAAAUUCAAAUUACCGGAUAUAUGUGUUAUGGUUGGCUAUUCUGGACAUAUUUAACUGUUCUGUCAGCGCACCUUUGGUGAUCAUCUACCUGUGUAACGCCGUCACUUUUCAGUCUGAGGUCUUCUGUAAAAUCUACAGGUUUAUUCUGUAUUUUGCCUCGAUCUGUUCAACGUGUGCCCUUGUUGUUAUUGCGAUCGAUCGAUGCCGGAAGGUGACACGCCCACUGGGGACCCAGAUUACCACCUCUCAGGCCCGGCUGAUGUGUGCGGCGUGUCUGGGGAUAAGUUUACUGCUGUCGUGGCCCGCUCUGCUCCUGUACGGAAUCACCGACGAACCCACGGGAAUUCCAGGAUUAAUGGGUUUCCGAUGCCUGGCUAGUGGUAAAACACUGCAACAUCUGGCUCUGUUCCACAUAUUUCAUAUUCUAUUCUUCCUCGCCGUAUCGUCUGCUCUCAUCGGUAUCUAUGUCGUCAUAGGGCGGAAAAUUUACGUGCACACCUAUUUCCGGGAUAGCGUGCAGACGGGAUCGGUCCAGUUUGCAGAGGAGUCUCCACAAGUAAAGCCCAAAAACGAGAACCGGCCCUCGCCCAUCUCCCAGGCGACGCUGAAGCGGACCACGGGGACGCUGUUUACCGUGACCUUGGCCUAUAUACUGAGCGCCAUUCCACAUCACGUGUUGUCGGUGAUAUUCUUUGUGAACCCUGCGUUUGACUGCUCCAUGACGCUGAUCGGCGGUCAGUUUUACUAUACUUUCGUGUGGUCCUAUUUCAUCAACAGCGCCAUCAACCCAUUCAUUUACAGUUUCCGGGAUUCUAAAUUCCGACAUGAAGUGAAAAAAAUGUACGGUCUGAUCAUGUGAUUGAUCAUUUCUAAGUUAAACGUGACAACACGACUUGAUGGAACCUUCUGCUGCAUGUUUCUUUUUUUCAAAAACUGUGAUAAAUCAUAUGCAAGGCAGAAUAAAGUAUGAUCAACUCCUUAUAUUAUGCAUAGAAUAAAUAUUUUAAAAGCUGUGAUAUUUUGCAAAUUCGUUGU